AUGGAGUCCAGAGCAUCUCUCUCCAUUCUAGCUCUGCUGCUUGGUUUCUCACAAGCUCUCAAUCUCGACCAACCUGAGCACGUGGACAUCAUAUCAAGGAUUCUCACCAUCAACAAUGGAUCCACUGAACUGUUGUUGGAGGGAGACAUACUCUUGCCAAGAGGUAGGAAUGCUCUGGUCUGUAGUGACAGCAGUUGCUUUUGGAAGAAGUCCUCAAAUGGCCUAGUGGAGGUUCCUUACAAAUUGAGCAGUGUUUUCUCUUUCUCUGACAGGACUGUAAUUGCCAAUGCCAUGGCCUCCUUCCACAAGAAAACCUGCAUUCGUUUCGUUCCCAGGACAAAUCAAACUUCCUACCUUAGCAUCGAGAGCAAAGAUGGAUGCUACUCUAAUGUGGGCAGAACAGGUGGUGCUCAGGUGGUUUCUCUCAGCAGGUUGGGUUGCGUUUACUAUGGCAUCAUUGAGCAUGAGCUGAACCAUGCACUUGGUUUCCACCACGAGCAUACUAGGAGUGAUCGUGACAAGUACGUCAAAAUCAACUGGGCAAACGUCGACCCAACCACACAGUCUAAUUUUAACCUGAAGAACACCAACAACCUCAACACACCGUACGACUACUCCUCUGUGAUGCACUACGGAAGAACAGCUUUCUCCAUCAAUGGGCUGGACACCAUCACUCCCAUUCCUGAUCCUUCAGUGAACAUUGGACAGAGAGACGAACUGUCCGCCAUCGACAUCCUGAGGAUCAACACCCUCUACAAGUGCUGA